GGGAGGAGGGGGGUGGUGGUGGUGGUGGUGGAAGCCGUCACUCAUGACUCGGCACCUCUUCACUGUCACUCCUUUUGUCCCAGCGGCUCCUGGGGGAGGGGACGUGCUGCCCUGGAUCGAAGGGGUGGGCGGGCGGUUAUAUAAAGACAAGGUGAUUUUAAAGGAGCUGCCCGCAGAGCAACGUGAGCAGGAGGAGGGGGGAGGGUGAAAAAAAGGGGGAGUGGAGGUUUACGGUCUCUAUAAUAUCGGAGCGCCUGGAGAGGGAAAAAGGGAAAUUCAUUUCCAAUUAAACUGGCAACCCAGGCCGAUUAGAGAGGGAAAAAAAACGACCAGAUGCCGCAAAACGUGGUAUUGGCAGGACCUGGUCCGUGGGGCUUUAGACUGACCGGUGGGGCGGAUUUUAACCAGUCUUUGACCGUUUCACGGAUAACACCUGGAAGCAAGGCAUCGCUAGCCAAUCUCUCCCCUGGUGACGUCAUCCUGGCCAUUGAUGGAGUAAGUACGGACGCUAUGACACAUGUUGAUGCUCAGAAUAGGAUCAAGGCUGCCUCCAAUCAGUUAAGCCUCAAGAUUGACCGGCCUGAAACUAAGCUUUGGUCUCCUCAAGUCACUGAAGAUGGCAAGGCAAAUCCCUUCAAGAUUAAUUUAGAGGCUGAACCACAGGAAUUCAAAUCUAUUGGAGAUUCCCAUAACAGAAAGGCCCAGCCAUUUCUUGCUGCGGGAAACAUUGAUGACAACAGACAGGUAGUGAGCUCCAGCUAUAAUUCUCCAAUUGGUCUGUACUCUGCUGACAACAUACAAGAUGCCAUCCAGGGGCAGCUGCGUGGCCUGGCCAUUGACCCGCAGGAGCAAACCGAACCAGCACCAGGAGUUCAAAACUCAGAGGUGUACAAGAUGUUACAAGGCAACCAGGAGGAAAGAAAUGAGCCAAGGCAAUCCGGGUCCUUCCGAGCAAUCCAGGAUUACCUGGAGGCCGAUGAAAGUGGUACUCGCCCCACGGUUACUAAAAGUGUGAGGGCUCCAGUGACAAAAGCCGGUGCUUCCAUAGGAAGUGUUCAAAAGCUGCCACUGUGUGACAAGUGUGGAAAUGGAAUAGUAGGCACAGUGGUCAAGGCUCGUGACAAGUACCGGCACCCAGAAUGCUUUAUCUGCUCUGACUGUGGCGUGAACCUCAAGCAGAAAGGUUACUUCUUCAUAGAAGGACAACUGUACUGUGAAGCCCAUGCAAGAGCACGAACGAAACCACCCGAGGGAUAUGAUGCUGUACCUGUGUAUCAAAAUAUGAAGGCUUAAUUCUUCUGUAGAGAUCUGAAAUAUCGGAUCCAUUAAUAUGAGAAGCCUGUCUUGUCACUGUUUUGCUGCAUCUCAAAAUGUGGUUAAUCUUUAAAUACAGUCUCCCAUUGCAAGACAUAUUUAGAAAAUGCGGCUUGUUCAAUUAUCCAUGUUAGCAGAUUGCUACCUUGUAGACCUUGCCGAAGGAAACACUGCUGUGUGCAUCGGCACAUUAAUGCAACUAAUUAUAUAAAAAACUUGGUUUGUAUAAUCACAUCUGUAAAAGCUAUUAAAUCAAUGCAUUGUUAAAACACAUUGUACAAUGAGUUCAAAUGAAAUGUAUGGAGCACCAGGCCUGUGAAAUAUACUUUAAACAAAUGUU